UUUAUAAAUGCUGUAAUUUUUAGCGCCUCAUCUCUUCAUCUUCCGUUUUUGCCAUUCACCACGCACAUAAUAACAAAUUAACACGCGGAGAUCUCGACAUAAACAAUGGAAAUUAAAAAGUCCAAGAAAUCGAAAAACGACAAGAAGUCCAAAUCGCCCAAGGAAUCGUCCGCUUCGCUUAAACUAACCGCUUUGCAUCGAAAGCAAAAGGAAGUCGCCCGCGUGCUCACGCUAAAACAGGAGAUACUGCUCAAAUCGGCAGUAUCCUAUCUGGAAUAUCAGGAGAUUCGGGCAGAAAUCGAGCGACUCAACGGCUUGAAGGAGUUGUUCUCGCGCCGCGCUGAUAAGCUGAAACAGCAGGACAAAUAGUUCAUAGGUCGAUCUAAUUUAGUAAAUAUUUUAAGUUUAAAGAAAUCGGUUAAAAAUGUAGCAGAUAUACAUAUAUUGGAAAAACGUUUGUACAUGUAACAAUUUGUAAUUAACUUUCAUUCACUUGAAAGCUUUCAAUAACAGACAUAGUGAAUAAAAAAGAAAAUAAUUAAUAUA